AUGGCCUGCAACAGCCUCUGCCGUCCCUGCGGACCCACCCCGCUGGCCAACAGCUGCAACGAGCCCUGUGCCCUGCAAUGCCAGGAUUCCCGCGUCAUCAUCAACCCUUCCCCUGUGCUGGUCACCCUGCCGGGACCCAUCAUGACCUCCUUCCCCCAGAACACCGCCGUCGGAUCCACCUCCUCCGCUGCCGUGGGCACUGAGCUCAAUGCCCAGGGACAGCCCAUCUCUGGGGGAUUUGGCUUUGGCCUUGGCUACGGCCUGGGAGGCCUGGGCUGCUAUGGCAGAAGGGGCUAUGGCUCCAUCUGCUAA